UUAAUCGAUUAUCCGUUCGUCCGUCCGUUCGUCAGCCUAUGUCCGGCGGAGGUAAACCAUAUUGAUUUUUUGCGAUGAUCGCUGCUGCUACGGGCGGUGGUGCGCGGGCCGUGGCAGUUACGUGAGAGGUGAUGCCUGAUGCCUUCCUCCUGGUCCUGCUGGCGGCCGCCGUUCGCACGCUCGUGUCGACGCUGUGUGACGUGAGGGGGUGGUGUCGACGAGGGACGACGCGCGUCGUGGUGCCGGUGCCGUUGUGGUGUGCCGUAACGUAGGCGUAACGUGGCGUGGCGUGGCCGUGGCCGUGGCACGGCCGAGACGAUGCCGUUGUCGGUGCUUCGGCUUCGGCACCGCGGCCGCGACAUUUCCAUGGAAACGUAGACGCGGCCUGGUGCGUGCGGGAGCGAGCAGCAGCAGCAGCACCUCCGCCGUCGCCACCACGUCCACUUCCCGUUCCCUGUCGUCGUCGUCGUCGUUGUCGUUGCGCCGCGCAAUGUCGCUCGCUCGCGACUCGCGUGCGGUUAGGUUAACCUGACGCGGGACGACGCUCGCGCCAGUUCGACGUUCGACGACGAGGGGACCCGACCGUCGUCGCUCGCGACUGAAUUAGGAAGCACGGAGGAUCCGAGUUUGGCGGCCGAGUGUGACGUUUUCUCUUGCCGGAAGGCCAGUACAGCCCAGAGCGAUCAUCUUAGUGCUCGCAUGCCAUUACCAUUAGAUUUUGUACAAUGAGCAGCUGGACAGAGAGGAUGCAUCGACGCGCUGCUACGUUAGGAAAUGUUGUAACCAGCUGUGGACAUCCCGCCUCAGAGCCUCCACACCCAAGACGCCUAGAAAAAGUCAAGUUUGGUGUACCCCUGAACGAAGUGUGCAAGAAUGAUAUUCCUGGCCCAUUACUGGUCCUUAUAUUGAAAUUGAACAAGGAAGCUCCACUUAGAAAAGAUAUCUUUCGGGCACCUGGUCACCAGGGUAAUAUGAAAAAGCUGGUGCACUUCCUGCAAACUGGACACUUGGUCAACAUGGACAAUUUUAGCGUUUACACGAUAGCCAGCGUUCUGAAAAAGUUUUUACGCAAAAUACCCAGUGGCAUAUUCGGUAAAGAGACGGAGCAACAACUGUUUGCCAUAAUCCAGCUAGAUAGCGUAGAACAACAGCGGGACCAGAUACACAGAUUAAUUACCUCCAUGCCGAUAUACACGCAACGGUUACUGGUACUGCUAUUUGGAACAUUCAGAGUAGUAGCGGUAAAUUGCGAACGAGCGCACACGGGGAUGACCAGCGAGGCUCUGGGGGUAUCCGUGGCACCCUCGUUCUUCCAUAGUUGCGUCAGCGACGGCAAGACGGCCAAGAUGGAGGAUGUUUUCAAAUUUAAGAUUGCCACACGUAUCACCAAGUUCAUGAUAGACAAUUUUGGUGUUUCCAAUUUGUUCGGAAGGGACAAUUACGAGUAUUACGCGCGCAUAACUGGUCGGAUAUUAAAAGUGGAGGAAGAUUGGAUCUUUAGUUUCCGAUAUCCGCCGGACACUCUUGUAUCGAGACAACUGUCGCUGGAAGCCGAAAAGUCAUGGUUGCAAUACGAAUGCGAAAAAUGGGGACUAAAGUUUAAUUUAGAAUGUAUGUCCCACCAAGAGGAAUCGCAGUCAACUCCGGCGUUGAUUCACGUGCCGGAGACCGUGAAUCUCACGUCAUCAUUAGGCAUGAUUCCAGAGAAUACCUUACUCGAGAGUUACACGCGUCUCUCGGUUAGCUUAGAAGAAAACGGCCUGUUCCAGGCGCCCAGUCGUUCGUCGAGUAACGGCAGCCAACAUUCUAAGCGCGGGACGGCGGGUAUGACGCUGGAAGAGCUUCGCGCGGUGAAUCGCUAUGCCGAGAGUACAAAGAGUCUCAGCUAUUUGCCACAGGUUCACGAGAGGCAAGCCGCACGGAUGCGAACUAGAUCUGAAUGGUUUCUCACGCCCAUAGUGGCUACGGACAGUGAUCCCACGGCGAUACACAUUCUACGUGGUUCCAAUCGGUCUUCCUCUGGCAAUAUCGCUACGGGUUUGAGUGCCAGCGCGGAGUCGGUAAAGCGGCCGAGUCUUCGGAGAACCUCCUCCAGGGAGAAGCAACGCUGGCAUCGCAAUUCGUCCCGUCGCAACAAGGAGAACGGCACUAAGGGAGCCGGCCGCUCGGCGACAGCAGCAGCGGCGGCGGCGGUGACGGAAGCGUCUAAGUCGCGUUCUCUGGAGGCGAUUAAGACCGUGAAGAUAGUGCGUGUGAUGGCGGCGGAUCAGCAGCAGCCGACGACCGAGAAGAUGUUGGACAGCAGCCAUAACGAGAUCUUCGAGGAGCACGCAAAUAAAAAUUAUCAAUCAGAGCGGUUUCAAGCAUCCUGCAAAGUCACCCGGUUGACACGGUGCCAUGAUUUACUUUCAAAGGCCGACUUAUCUACAUGUCAGUUAACACUUUUCUUUUAUCCUUUCUCCCGCACCUGUUACGAAUCAGAGCGGAUUUUAUUUGAAACGGGAGUUUUGAAAGGUAUUCUUUUUUUCUCAUCUUUUACGACCGCAACGGCAAUCAAAAUGAAUUCUACGAUGUGUGUGCACAAGGAUGAGAAUCGGAAAGUGAAAGGAGCAAAACAAGCCGGCGAUUACGCGUGCCUCAGGAAUCCGACGUUUCGAGAGAACUUCAAUGUCUCUCGUUCGGUUUCGUUAAAAAAAAAGGAAGACAUUUUUUGUGACUCACGCUUCGAAGAAGGAAAUAUUAAUUCUACUCUAUUCGUGCCAAUACUUUUUCCUCUCUUUCUCUCUCCUUGUCGUAUGUGUUAUUUUUUCUUAUAUUUUUUUUUGCAUAUUUUGUUGUAUCACUUGCUUCCUUAAUUAAAGUUUUAACGUUCUUACCCUAAAACGAAAAUGAACAACUUCAUCUUUUAUCUUAAUUUUACAGACGUUAAUCCUUGACCUGACGCCCGAUCGUCGAUCAACGGUACUCACGUUGCCGAAUUCAUACUUCCUGACACAGUGGUCGUCCUUGCUCAUACCUUGCUGUCGCAACUCGGAGAUGACCACCUCCGAGUUCCGAAAGGGGAAAUCCCGUCUCUUCACCGAACCGAAUUAAUUCGAGAGUUAGGUAAUUCGCACUCGGGACCCGGAGCUGUUCGGCUCGUGCUGUUCGGAGCAAUACGAUAUGUUAUGCGAUCGCGGUGAGCCGCGCGGCGACGACGCGGCGCAGUAGCUCGCACGAGCGAAUCGCCGUAGGAACUGACUAAUUUAGACUGAGCGGGAGACAUUAUCAGCGCUUAUCAACCGCGACCCCUGACCAGCCGGCCAAUAAACCGGCUACUCCCCCUUCCACGGGAAGGCUAUCGUCGAAAAUCUUCGGAAGUCUCAUCUCGAUCGUGUAAUAAACACGAUGAUGUUCUCCCUCCGGUUUAUUGCAUUUGCAAUAGCGAAACCGUCUGGUUACCGUUAUAUCCAACUUAACUGUUGUAGGAUGCAACCAGUUGUUGAAUCUAAUAGCUAUAUAAACUAGUUCUUAUGACUAAUUAGUAAAUUAUUUAUAUAUGGUAGCUAAUUAAGUUGCGUAGUAUGAGGAAAUUAUCAUUAAAUUGUCAGCAUUAUUACUCAAGUAUUUCAAUUAAAUACUUGAAAAUUGACGAGAGUUAUUUCUGGCGAAAAAAUAUUUUUGAGAACUUUUCAAAUUUAUAUGAAGAUUUUUUGAAAAUAAUCUUCGGAUUUUAUAAGUUUUCUUGGAAAGUCAUAGAAUGAGAAAUCUCUUUUAGAAUUCCUGUUUCAAAAAAUCGAUAUAAACAGAUAUGAACUUUAUUGAAAUUUUAUAAUAAAGUUAUCGUUUCAAAUGGACCUACAUUUAAGCUAUUAUAGAGAAGUUAUUUAUUUCGAUCGUUUCUCAACAGUAUCUUGCUUAAAAUUAAAUACUAAUUUGAGCGUGUAUAUUUUUUUUAAACAAUUUAUCGAGUUAUCUAAUCCAAUCUGAAAAUUAUGAUUUGCGAUAUAUUGAUACUAUCACGUUCUUAAUUUAAGCAUGUUGUAUUAUGUAAUAUUUUUAUUUUAUAUUUCAUGCUUUUUAUACGUUAAUAAUUUUAAUUUUUUUCUUUUAAUAUAAAUGCGUGGCAGUAUUGAAUACACGAACGGUAAAUAGAAAGGCUAUAUUAGGUAUUCAGGACAUUGACCGGUAACAGAUUUAAUUAAAUACCGUAUACUUUUAUUUUUUUUUUUUUUCAUUACAGUUUCCUAUACGGCUUUGUUAGAUAUCUAAAAAUUUAGAAGAUAUAACUCUGAAAAAAAACUUUGUUAAACUAUCAAAAUAGUAACAACAUUAGUAUUUAGCUCGUAUAAAAAUAAUAAAAAUGAAAAUAAAGAGCAGAUAAAGGCCACAAUAAUGAGCAAACAGCGUGGGUGUCAAUUUGAAUAAUAUUGAAUAAGCGGCUUACUGUUACAAUGGAUUUCUGAAUACAUUUCAUCACUAUUAUUAUGACCUUUAUCUCUCCAUUUUAAUUUUUAUUUGUAAAGUAAUGUAGGCAUUGUAGGAAUGAUGUAGUCGAUUGUUGAAAUGUCAAAACUUUAUAAUAUUGUUCAUCAUGCUUAUGCAUCCUACACAUAGAGAAAAAUGUUUGAUAUUUGUGACUAAUAUGACUUUAUAAUAUAUUGCGUGGUAAAACGAUUAUGGUUAGGAAUUCCAUUUUUAUAGUUUCUGCUAUAGUGUCAAUAAUAAUUAUCUUAUGUUUAUAGUUUUACUGUUUACAUGAUAAUAAUAACUAUAAUCGCUAUAAUUUGCAUAAAAAAUAUAUUAUAGCAUCGAAAAUAUGAAUUAUAGUUAAAUUAUGAUAA